GCCCUUUUUCCCUGCACACUGUUACAUGUCAUGGUUUCUUGUGUUCAUAACAGUCCUACUUUUUUCACAGAUCAGACUUCAAAAGAGUUGACAGCUUUGAAAGUACUUUCGGAAAGUUUGGCUAAAGGCACUGUCCCACAUAUAUGAAGAGUACCAGGAGAUGGAGAGUGUUGAAACAGCUUGCACAAUGCCACCACUAAGGCCUCAACCACGGAUUGCAGCCUUUGUUGGAGAAAAUACUAAGAAUGUAUUUUUCUUCUUUCAAGACUACAUACUAGGCCAUCCAGAUUCCAGAAAGAAAUCGGUGGAGGUUAUCCUGGAGUUGUAUCAGACAUUAAACGCAACAUUUAAGUGUUUUGUAUGUUUGUCAUGUGAUUCAUUUUUUCAUCAUUAUUCUUCUGUGAACGUUAUUCUGCUGAUUCGUGCGUUGACU